AUGACUUUAACAGAGCCCUCACUUGAUCAUUUGUUAAAUAAUAAACCUUCUGUUAGCAAUGUGACUUUUGAAGGUCAAGCGCUCACUGUUGAUGAUGUACUUGAAAACUUUGUAUAUCUUGAGAAAGCCGUUUCCAAUUUUGAUCCUAAGUAUAUGCUUCAAGUCUUACGAGGUUUACCUUCUCUUCGCAAGAAUAUAACUCCUACUGUUCUUUAUAAAACAAUUGAAACUGUGUAUCCAAAAUCAAACCCAUCACGAGCAGUGCUUUUGAGUGCUAUUGACGGUCAUUUAUCUGAAAUACCUUUUGAUGAAUCGAUGGAUAUUGACAAAUCCGACACAAAAACAAUUCUCCCUGAAAUUGAUAUCUUUCUUCAUUUGUUAGUUCAAACUUGGCUCUUGCACCAAAACGAUCUUACUAAAUUCAAAGACUUUAAUGAAGAAACUGUUAAAAAGCUUGCUUCUUAUAACCGUCGCAGUUUAGAUUAUUUGGCAGCUAAGGUUUGGUUUUAUUAUUCCUGGGGAAAGGAAUUAAACAAUGAACUUGAAGAAGCUAGACCCUUGUUAUUAAACGCACUUCGUAGUGCCACUCUUCGGCAUGAUAUGGAAACCCAAGCUUCUCUUAUUACAUUAUUACUGAGAAGUUAUCUUGCCACUCAUCACGUUUCUCAGGCUGAAAAUCUUGUUUCCAAAAUCACAUUUCCAGAGUCUGCUGCUAAUGCACUUGUCGCUCGUUAUUUUUAUUACCUUGCAAAGAUUAAUGCCAUAAAACUUGAUUAUUCAGCUGCCCAUGAACAUGUUACUGCUGCAAUUCGAAAAGCUCCUCAAACGCCUCUUGCGGCAGGUUUUCUCCAAACAGCACAGAAAUUGAAUGUUGUUGUUGAGCUACUUAUGGGUGUUAUACCAGAAAAGUCGGUGUUUAAACAAGCUUUUUUGGAAAAACCACUACUUCCUUACUUUGAUGUUGCUAAGGCUGUUAGAAUUGGUGAUAUCAUUCAGUUUAGUGAAACCAUUAAAAAACAUUCUGCAUCUCUUAAAAAAGACGGUACUUAUACAUUAGUUCUUAGACUUAGACAGAAUGUUAUCAAAACGGGUAUUAGAACAAUCAGCUUAUCCUAUUCAAAAAUUUCUUUGAAAGAUAUUUGCAUCAAACUUCAAUUGGAUAGCGAAGAAUCAACCGAACAUAUCAUUGCUAAGGCUAUUCGUGAUGGUGUUAUUGAUGCUACUAUUGAUCACGAACACGGCUAUAUGCAGAGUAACGAAGUUUUAGAUGUCUACUCAACACUGCAACCACAAGAAGCAUUUCAUGAGCGUAUCAAGUUUUGCAUUGCUCUCCAUAACGACAGCGUUAAAGCUAUGCGUUAUGUUUUGAGCAACCACAACACCGAUUUGAAAAAUGCUGAACAGGCUAGAGAAAGGGAAAAGGAGCUUGCAAAUGGAUUACAGUCAAGUGAUUUAGAGGAUGACGACGGGAAUUUUGAUAUUUGA